CAUGCUGUUCUUGUGACAGUGAGUGAAUUCUCACGAGAUCUGAUGGUUUUAAAAGAGGCAGUUUUUUCCUGCACUCUCACAUCUCUCUCCUGCUAUUUUUUGAAGAAGGUGCCUGGUUCUCCUUUGCCUUCUGCCAUGAUUGUAAGUUUCCUGAGAUCUCCCCAGCCAUGCAGAACUGAGUCAAUUAAACCUCUUUCCUUUAUAAAUUACCCAGACUUGGAUAUUUCUUUAUAGCAGUGUGAGACUGGACUAAUACAACAGGUGAAUGAUAAGGUCAAAUGCCCAUAUUAAAGGUACACAAUAGUUUUCAAUGUAAUAUGUGUCUUCCAUAACAUUAAUCCAAAGGUGUGACUGAUGGUACAGUUUUCAGGUGCUUCUAGGACAUCCUAGAGACAAAGCAGGGGUACUAUUUCAGGCAGCUUCAUUAUACCAAAAUGAUUCAUGUCUGUUCAGGACUCUACCAAAUACUUUCUCAUUAAUUAUGUUAUUCCCCCCGCAGAAGCAUUAUGAGGUAGGUGAUAUUAAUUCAGAUAAGAAUGAGAAAAAUGAGGCUCAGAGAGGUUAAGUGAUUUGUCUGACAUCACACAGGUAGGAAAUGACCACACUGCAACUGGAACCCAGCUCAGCUGACUUGAAAUUCUUUGUGUUUUCCGUUCUGUCACAUGGUCUUAUAAUACUUUAUUCCAAGAAUUUUUGGAGUACUAACUGUGCCAAGUCCUGUGCAGGAUACAGUAGGUGGGUGAAACAGGCAUGGAUGGCCUUGUCUUCACUGGAGUUUAUUAAACUCUAAGUAUGGUGAUACAGACAAAAUGAGUUAAUAAAUAUAUCUUUAAAAUCACAAAUUAUGGGAAAUGCUGUGAAAGCAAGUAGAAAUGAAGAAUAAUGGUAAGGGAGCUUUCCUUAUAGAUCUCUUGGAGAUGGUGACAUUUAGGCUGAGGCCUGAAGACUGAGAAGGACCUAGUAAUGAGGGGUGGAAGGAAGAGACCAGACCAGGUAGAGGAUGUACAAAAGUUCUCGAGGCAUGUUCGCAGUACACAGAUCGUUGCCUAUCCCACCUACUUCAUGUCCUUGGGAGCCAUGUUCUGUACACACAUACUCAUAAUGCUUGAGGAAGUCUUAACCAGGACUUGUCACACUAUCAUGCCAGUCAUAUACAAAAACUCUCUUACACAAUGUGUUCAUUUCCUUCUUGCUAUAGGAAGGCCGUUAGAAACCAGGCGAUUCUUCAAGAGAACUUUGCAAGGUUUCUCGUGAAGGUGGGCAUUUCUCUCCAAGCUAUGCUUCUAGCCUCAUCUGUAAUAUUCACAAAUAUUGUGUCCCAAGUAUAGGAUUGUGGAUGGCUCAGCCAAACCCAUCCCCACUGCUGGAGACACAGCUCACAGGGGCCACAUUGACAAGGGACCACCAGGAUGUGCCCAGAUGGAACUUUGUGUGUAAAAAACAGCAUAGUGAGCAACAGGUUGUGUGUCUUGGGUUUGCAAGAAGAGAGGAUUUGGGCAUCUUUUGCCAAGGGGGUUCCAUCACACUAUGAUGAUGCAUGCUUUGCAAUUAGUGUUUCAAAAAACUCUUAAUAAUGCAAGGAUCUUAGGUUAAGCUGUCUACCUGACUCACUGCUAGUCUUCAGUUCUAGAUAUUUCUAAACCAAACGUUUAAUUAAGCCCUGGCUGUGUGCCCCUUUUUAUACCAGGCCUUGAAGUAAAUGCAGAAGUAUAACCAUCACAGUCCCUGCCUUUAAUGAGACUGCAGUCUACAGGAGGAGACAAAACAUACAUAUGUUUAACAAUUACAAAGGGGCCCCGCCCGCGAUGACGCGAGGCGCCAAGUGCGUGGGGAUUCCCACAGCCCUGGCCACUACUUGGCCUGCCCCACAGCAAGAUGGCGGCCUGAACGCAGCUGGCAACGGUAGAAAGAGCUGUUGGCUAAAGGAAGUGGAGGGGCCGUGGGAUGUGGAGAGCUGGGGGCUAACUCCCGGACAGUGGAACAGAAAGAGCUGCCGACAAACAAGUGCAGGUGGAGGAGGUGUCACCUCCCAAAAUGACCAGUGCAGCCCCUGCUAAGAAACCCUACCGUAAGACACCACCAGAGCAUCGGGAGCUGCGACUGGAAAUUCCCGGAUCCGGGUUUGAGCAGGAGGAAUCCCUGACUGACUUGGAAAGGAUGAAGCUCUCGCAACAGGAUAAUGAAGAGCUUCGUCGGCGCCUGGCCUCGGCCAUGAGAUGCACUGAGGUGCUGGAAUGUGAGCUGGAAAUUGGGCAGGACUGCCUGGAGCUGGAGCUGGGCCAGAGCCACGAGGAGCUGGACAAGUUUAAGGAUAAGUUCUGCAGGCUGUCGAACAGCUACAUGACUUCCCAGCAGACCAACCAGGAGUUGGAGGACAAGCUGCACACACUGAUCAAGAAGGCUGAGGUGGAUAGGCAGACGCUGAACUGGGAGAUCGUGGAACUGACCAACAAGCUGUUGGAUGCCAAGAACACUAUCAACAAGCUGGAGGAGCUCAACGAGCGGUACUAGGGGGACUGCAACCUGGCUGUGCAGCUCCUUAAGUGCAACAAGUCCCACUUCCAAAACUACGAGUUCUCCCAUCUGCCCUGUGAGCUACAGGAUGUGGUUCGAAAACAUCUGCAUAGUGGUCAAGAGGCCACCAGCCCAGGUCCUGCUCCCAGCCUAGCCCCAGCGGCUGUGGUGCCUACUUUGGUCAUUGCCCGAGUGUUACAGAAUCCAGAGUCUCUACUGCUGAAUUCAGCCCAGUCAAGCAGCGCUGGGCGCCCCGUGGCUGAAGAUGUCUUUGUGCAUGUGGACAUCAGUGAGGGUGCCCCAGGUAAUCCAGCCAGUUCACCGGCUCCUGGCAGCCCCACCACCCAACCCAAUGGGGAGUGCCACUCUCUGGGUGCUGCUGGGGGCUCCCCGGAGGAAGAGCUGCCCCUGCCAGCCUUUGAGAAGCUGAGCCCCUACCCCACCCCAUCUCCACCACACCCACUGUAUCUUGGCUGCAGGGUAAUAGAGUUCUCUAAGGAUAAGGUUUGGAUCCCCUGCAACAGCUCCCUGCCCAACUGCACUUACGCUACCCGCCAGGCCAUUUCACUGAGCCUGGUGGAGGAGGGGAGUGAGCGGGCCUACCCCAGCCCAGUGCCCAGCACCCCUGCCUCAGCCUAGACCUUACCCAACCACCAGCCCAGCUCAGUGCCCCCAACACUCAGUGCCCCAGCCAGGUCUGUAACCUCUGAAGAGGACCUGCUGGCCAGCUGGCAGUGGGCAUUUGUGGACCAUACUCCGCCACCUGCCACUGUGGCUCAGGGUACAGCCUUUGAAUGUGACGCCCUCCCUGAGCUGCAGCGCCAUUUUGCCCAUAGCCCUGUUGACAGAGAUGAGGUGGUCCAGGCACCUUCUCUGGGAACCAAAGAGAGUAGGCUUUUGCUUCCCAGGGAACCUGACUCUGGCUUUUCCAGGGAGGAGGAAGAAAAGCUGAACCUGCCCAUCAGCCCUGAGGAAGAGCGCCAGAGCCUGCUGCUCAUUAACAAUGUCGCAGAGGAGGGUCCUGGCACUUCCCACACUGAGGGCAGGACCUGGCCACUCCCCAGCUCCAGCUACCCCCAGCACAGCCCCAAAAGAAUGGGGGUUCACCGCCUGCAAUGCAAGGACAGCCUGAUCCAGGCUCAGGAGCAGGGCAACCAGCUCUACUAGGGCCUCUGCUGGCCUUCCUGCCAUGGCUGCAUGGGAACUGCAAGGAGGCCCCACACCUUGACAGCUCAGGGUCCCCAGUCCAAGCCCUUGACCUCUUCUCUAUCCAGACCUGCACAGCUGUUCCCUGUGUGAGUGGGGUCGGGAGGUGGGCCGCACCAGGCCUGUCAGCUGCGUUGACUUUGACCACAGAGGCUUGCCUCAUGGUUUUCCCCUUUUCUUAGAAUAUUUAUUCUCCAGAGGUAACAUGCAGUUGGGUCUCAAGACCUUUCCUCCAAUCAGCUCAACCCAGCCCAAACUGGGCUGUUCUGGGGAGCUGAAGAGUUUAUCAGUAUUCAUCUUCCAUCGUCCUUUCAUAGUCAAGUUUGUUAUUUUGUUUUUUUGGUGGUGGAUGUUGUUGGAGUUAUUAACCUCUAAUUUCUGUUUCCUACCUGUUUCCCUUCCCCCCAAUCCUCUGCUUGAGCUGUUAGCCUCAAGGGGCCCAGCACAGCUGGCCUCAGGGAUGAGGGAGAGGACCAACUCAGGGCUCUCUUCAGCUGUUUCCUCCCUCCCUCUGGAAGGGAGGGUGGGGUUCAGGGGUCUCAAGCUGGGCUCUGAGUGAGGCCUGGCCCCUCCUCCCAACACUGGCUCUAGAUUGUUACUCCCAGCUUUGGGAAAUUUUACUUUUUUUUUUUUUUCUUGAGAUGGAGUCUUGCUGUUUGGCCCAGGUUGG